AUGGAUUGGCUGCUAGGUCACUGUCAUCUCUCUAAGGUCAUUUUUAACAGUGUGGAGAGCGUUGUGCCUGAAGAGAAUAUCACAUGUUACCACACCUUCACUGAACAGUUUAUCCUCUUUCAGAAGGAUUGGAUCGGCAUCUUUUGUUUUCGGCAUCUUAGAGUGGGGUGGAAGAUGAACCAGAAGUAUUACGCUUUCAUGGGGGUUGUUUAGUCCAAUGUCUUGGAAUCAGCCAAGCAGCAGAAAGUUCAAUGUAAAGUUUAUUCGCCCAAGGAUGAUGGGUCUUACCAGUUCUGCUAUGUGGACCAAGAUGGUGUGGUCCAGGGAGCAAGUGUCUCUUUUCAGUUCUGUCUAGAACAUGAGAGGGACUUCGUGGUUCUUACUACUAAGGGAAAGAUAGAAGAGAUCCAGCGGUACAAGGAGCUUUGCCGAGGAAACCAGGAACUGACAGAUGUGCCAGCCUCCAGGAGCAGAGCUGAGCUGCAGAACAAGCAGGGGGUGUUAGAAAGAAGCAUCCACAAGAAGUCGGAGCAGAAGGUGAGGGAGCAGAAGACUGAGCUGCUCCAGCUGACGGAACAGAGCCAAAGAUACCCUCAGAAAACGAGAAGUGGGGUCAGAGUGGAUCAGCUUCAGACCCAACUGUCGCCUCAAGAGAAUGAAGUGGGGAUGCAGGUUCUGGGAACUCAAGAUAAGACCAGGCAGUUGGUACUGCUGGAAAAUGAAGCUCGCCAGCUCAUUCUUGGUUUAGCCGACCAGAAGACGCUUGAGUGGAUGGGGAGGGGGGAGCAACUAAGGAAGCAACCACAGACGUUAAUGGACUAGCGCUCUGACCGGUCAAGAAGACUAAUUGACAACAAAAUCAUAACCAACAUUCUGAAAAGAGAUAGACUAGAAAAAAAAAACAAUCUAAAUAAGAAGAACGACAGAUUACUGACCCACCUGGGGCUCCGUGUUGACUCAUUGCUGCAUCAAGUGUAACCUUCAGAUCGAGGAGCUACGGAGCAAAACCCCAGCCUUGCCUGUGGAAACCCAUAUUCGGACAUCCAAGAAACUUCCACUCCCGGCCCACUUCGAGGAAGAAACACAUCAGACUUGGGUGAUAGGAUCUGCGAUCACACCGUGGCGUGGCAGCAAAUGCAGUUCUGGCCUCUGAUUUGUCUGACUGUGACAAGGCCUUCCCAGCGAGAGGGAAGCACAUCUUUGAAGACCUGGGUUCUGCUGUUCUAA